UGUUGUAAAACGCUUUUACCGGCGCUUUUGCUUAGGUUUCCACGAUUUCUUGAUUUGKGAAGAGAAGUAAAAACCAUUCGACAUAAUAAUAAUUGCUGCUGUCAAUCAACCUGGAUUUAUGACGACAUYGAUAUACUCWGUUUAAAAAGCCGUGUAACCAAGGAAAUYGAGCAACCGCGGCGUGCUGACUCACUAAGGGUUCGAGCGUGUAUUGGUCUUUAUCAUUGAAUAAUACAAAACAAUUGUCUAUUAUAAUCCAUAACUACAUCAAAGUGGUGGAGCAAUCUACGUAACGCAACCAUGGCUAUGAACUCCAAGGAUCGUAACAUAGUUAUCGGCGUUCUAGCAUUUUCGGCGAUUGUCAUCAUUGGAAUAGGAUUUGGAUUUGGAUUUGCAAGUCAGCAAAAGACUGCUGAUUCUGAUGCAGGGAAGAAAACACGUGUACAAACAACUACUCCUACUCCUCCAGCCAGCACUACAAAAUCCCCCUACCCUACCCCUGGUCCUGAAGCGGGWAAUAAAGCCUACGAUAACGCCGCUGUCGCAACUGAUGCUGGAAAGUGUUCUGAGAUAGGUCGCGAUAUCUUGAAAAAAAAGGGAAGUGCAGUAGACGCGGCAAUMGCGAGUUCGUUUUGUAUUGGACUCGUGAAUAUGCAUUCAGCAGGAAUCGGCGGCGGKGGAUUUAUGUUGGUAUAUAMCAAGUCUACUGAUACCGCAGAAACUUUGGAUUAUAGAGAAGAAGCACCAAAACUUGCAAAACAAAACAUGUUUCAAAAUAUUUCGUCAACUACAGGAGGCAAAUCAACAGGAAUACCUGGAGAAGUAAUAGGUCUUUAUGAAGCUCACAAGAAGUAUGGCAAGUUAGAAUGGAAAGAUCUUGUUCAACCCUCGAUUGAUUUAGCAAAAAAUGGCUUUCCAUUGCCUGUUCCUGUUUAUGAAGCCGUCAUGUUAAGUUUUGAUGCUGUUAAGGAGGACUAUGGGCUUAGGCAGCUACUUUUUAACGGUGACAAGAUGAAGCAGUUGGGUGAAACAAUCAAAAACCCGCAGCUYGCAAUAACAAUGGAAAAGAUACGAGACAAUCCGAUGAGCUUUUACAAUGGAUGUCUAGCUGAUGACGUGGUACGUGACGUCAAGAGAGCUGAUGGCAUCAUAACGAAGGAAGAUCUCAAGAAUUAUCGACCGAAAUGGAAGCAAGCUCUGAAAAGUGAAUGGACGGACCUGAAUUUGUACAGCACUGCUCCGCCAUCGAGUGGUGCAGUGAUAACAAUGAUUUUAAACAUUAUGAAAGGUUACAAUAUGACAAGCGAUGAUAUUUCCAGUAGCAAGGCUGCAAUCACCUAUCACCGYAUUAUCGAAGCGUUUAAAUAUGCCUAUGCCUGGCGGUCAAGAUUAGGUGAUCCAGACUUUAACAGCACUGACAGCACAUCUUAUACAAGUAUCGAUCAGAUGACAGAUCCAAAAUUAGCAGAGAAACUACGAAAAGGAAUCCAAGACGACAAGACUUAUCACAAUGUUUCUUACUAUGGUAGCAACUACGACGCAGGGACCGGCAAUCAAGGCACUUCUCACUUGUCUGUGUUAGCUGCUAAUGGCGAUGCUGUAUCGUUGACUACAACUAUUAAUUUCAGGUUUGGUGCAAAGUAUCGUUCUCCAGUGACCGGCAUCAUCUACAACAAUGAGAUGGAUGACUUCUCUACUCCAGGAAAGCCCAAUGGAUUCGGCGUCAGUCCRUCACCUAGCAACUACAUCAAGGCAGGCAAACGACCAAUGUCUUCUAUGUGUCCAAUAAUUUUCGUCAGGAAAAACGAUAAAACUGUUCGUCUGAUAGCUGGAGCAUCUGGUGGAACACGUAUAACAACAGCUACUUCGCUGGUUGCGAUGAACAAUCUMUGGUUUGGUCUUCCAAUCAAAGAAGCCGUCAGCAAACCAAGAGUGCACAACCAGCUUUCCAAUACAACAUACGAAGUCAAAGAUCCUCAAUAUACGAUAUCAGCAGACAUACGYAAAGGCCUUGCUUCAAGAGGAAACUAYUUAAUCCCCUCUAAAUCAUACGCUGUUGUUCAAGCAAUAUCGAAGAAUACCACUGAAAUGUUUGCACAGUCUGAUCCUAGAAAACACGGGUGGGCCGCUGGAUAUUAACUUAUUCUAUAAUGCAUCGAUAUCUUUUGUAUUUCAAUAGUAAUUUGUACUUUUUGAUAGUUUGAAUUUAAAAUCGUUUGUUCUUAUACAUAAUGAGUAAAUUUGAUACCUAAACUUUCCACUGAAUUAUAUAUUUAAAUAAAAUCACGCAGACGAAUAUAAAGAGGUUCCUUUGUUGGUAGGGUAUACAUUUUAUUCCAUUAUGUAUGAAGUUGUUAUUAUAUUGAUAAUAAUCCAUUGCAUUAAUCCAGAAAUAACACAUUGAUAACAUUUUCUUUACUGGUGCGUAGACAUUAUUUAUAAUCAUUUCAACUAGACAUAGUUUUGAAGUCAGUGUCGAGCCGAGGCGCUAAAUGGUG